AUGGCUCCCGAAGAACGCGAAAGAGCGACUCUUGACAGUGACGUACCUGUGGAAAUGAUCAACGGAAUCAACUACAGGGACGUGGAGUCCCACCAGGUUGCAGAAUCGACUACUAAGCGAGCCAUGAAGCUCGGAAUGCUGGCAUUCUCUUCGCUUGGAGCUGUCUAUGGAGACCUGGCCACCUCGCCUCUGUAUACGCUCAACUCCAUUUUCCCCGAGGAUCCGACCGAGAAAGAGACCAUGGGCGCCGUCAGCUGCAUUUUCUGGGGUCUCACUAUCGUCGUGCUCUUCAAGUAUGCCAUCAUUGUGUUUGCCUUUGGACCCAACAACGGAGAGGGAGGUAUUGUGGCCAUCUACGCCAAAAUUGCUCGUGAGUUGAAUCUCGGCCAGCGAGGAAGUGCGUCCACAAACCCCGAAGAUGAUCUCAUCCAGCUCCAAAAGUCGGAAACCCAAGGCUCUUGGGCCGCCAGCGGAAAUCACAAGACCGAUGAUAUGUGGAACAACAAAGUGUGGAGAGCAGUAGCUCCGUUUCUGCGAAUCAUGCCUCUUUUUCUAUGUCUCCUAGGAUCCUCCUUUCUCAUGUCUGAUGGUCUCCUUACUCCUGUCCAGUCCGUUCUGUCUGCUAUUGAAGGUAUCGAGAUCCCCCAACCCAGCAUGCAAAAACACGUUGUGCUGAUUUCGUGUUUCAUCAUUGUCUUCAUUUUUGUCUUCCAGCGCCUGGGAAGUGCCAAGUUGUCCAUGGUCUGCUCUCCUAUCCUCUUUGUCUGGCUCAUCUCCCUCGGUGUCAUUGGUAUCUACAACAUCACCUACCAUCCUGCCAUUCUCAAGGCCACCAACCCCAAGUACGCCAUUGAUUACUUAAAGGCAGGCGGCAUCGACUCCAUGGGAAACGUCAUCCUGUGUCUGACUGGAACAGAAGCUAUGUUUGCUGAUGUCGGACACUUUUCGCCCUGGGCCAUCCGUCUAUCAGUGCUAGUGCUCGUCUACCCCAUGUGUGCUCUUGCAUACUUUGGUCAGGGAGCUCGAAUGGUGCUGGAGCCUUCUCUGAUGAAAAACAUCUUCUACCUGACCAUUCCGGGACCCCAGAACGGAGGUCUGUACUGGUUCAUUUUCGUGCUUGCUCUGCUGUCCACAAUCAUUGCCUCUCAGUCUAUCAUUCUCGGAGUCUUUUCCAUCUCCAAGCAACUCAUCCAACUGGACUGUAUGCCCAACUUCCCCGUUGUCCAUACCUCGGAGAAGAUUUACGGAAAGGUGUAUGUGCCCAUUCUCAACUACUUUCUUCUGGUUUGCUGUGUUCUGGCCACCAUUGGUUUCAAGAACUCCAACAACACCGCCUCGGCCUUUGGUCUGUGUGUGGCUGUCGACUUUUUCAUCACCACUGUCAUGAUCUCCAUGUCCAUUGUUCUGGUUCACAAGCACCACUGGGUGUGGGGAAUCCUGAUGCUCUUCUCCUUCGGUCUUCUUGACAUGACAUUUGUUGCUGCAGAAAUGAAAAAAGUGCCCUCAGGAGCCUGGUUCCCGCUCAUGAUGGGAGUCAUCUUCAUCUCGGUCAUGCUGCUGUGGCGAUGGGGUAACGGAGAACGAAUGAAGUACGAGUUUGACCAUCGAGUGCCCAUGAGACGUCUGUUUGAGCGAAAGAAGCCGCGACCGUCUCACAUCCAGAGCCUGAACCUCGGCACCAAGGAAAAGUACGCCCAGAACUUUGACGACUCCAUCGAAACAGUAUCGGAUGACAAUGUCUCUGAGCUCGACUUGGGCGUCAAAGAGAAAAAGGACGUGCAGGUGCGACAUCGGGAAAUCAACGCUGCCACCAACGCCGCCCCUAUUCCUCGAUAUCCUGGAAUGUCCAUCUUCUACAAUAAUCUGCGGUUUACUCUUCGAUCUCCAAACACUGUCCCUGGCGUCUUCAAAACUUUUGUCGACUCCUUCCCCACCCUCUCUGAACACGUUGUUCUGCUGGCUAUCAGAAUCGCCACUGUUCCUCGAGUAAAGCCUGAAGACAGAGUCAAGAUUGUUCCAGUCCCUGGGGUCGACGGUCUCUUCCGAGGAGUUGUUUCUUUUGGUUUCGUCGAGUCCGCCAAAAUGACUCCUGAACUCGAAGACGAGAUUGCUGCCCGUGUUGGAUACACCAUUGACGGGUACAACGAGGACAGAAAGGUGGUGCACGUGUUUAACAAGCAGCUGUGCUACGGAGCGGGCUAUGAUAAAGACGACUAUGCUAACCGAGGCAAGGUGGCCCGAACAGCAAUUUACUCGGCCAUCUGGUGCCGAAGAAUGCUCAUCGACUGGAUCUAUGGACCCGCAGAGUACUUCUUCAAUGCCUCCGAUCGAGUCGUCAAAAUCAUUGUCAAGGAUCCCAGCAGCACUCCCAUCAGCGUCACCACUGCUGCUUAUAUUUAG